CUUUAAUAAAUAAAUUAAUUCGGUAUUACAGAUGAAAAUAUGAAUGUUGAUGUAAAUAUACAUUAGAAUAUUUUUCAAGCGACCUCUUGAAUUAACAUUUCUUGAAAAUAUAACAAUAACAAUACCUGUCAUUCAGCAAGAAAGUAAUUCUAUUGCAAUUCACCAAUGAAAAGAACAGAAUCUUAGAGUAGAGAUCCCGAAAACACAAUAUAAAUAAUCAACAUUGUUGUAAUCAAAUUUUUUCAUUAUUUUUAAUCAGGAUAUAACAUAGCAAAAAUGGCCGAAGAACCAAAAAAGAAAAAACUCAACAAAACAACAUUGAAUACUACCGCGUCAAAUGACACAAGUACCGAGAGUACUACCAAAUUUGCUGUGAUUACAAAGGAUACUGACAAAAAAGUGUAUAACAAUACCAAACAUGAAAGUUCGUCAGUUGCGGCGACAGCGAUAACAAAAAAUGCAAAUCUAGCGGUUAGAAUUUCGUCAAAACCCGCAAAAAAAGUUAACAAAACCAGUGAAAUGCUUGAAACCAUUUCUAACAAUAAGGUGAAUACAAACCUAGAUGAGGUCUUAAAAACGGUUCGUCAACUGGAUAAUAUUUGUGAUUUUGGACGUUGUCGAACGAAAACAUCGAUAAUUGGUCAGGAUUGUACACUUUGUCAACAACGUUUUUGUUUGAAGCACCAACUUCCUGAAGUUCAUGGUUGUGGCGGCGCAAUUAAAAAGGAGCAGCGAAAUGAAUUCCUAAAACCACGACCAACACUCCCGGCCGCUCUACGUCGUAACGAACAAAAAGAUGCACACGCCCGACUUGAACAAAAGUUAAAAGAAAUGUCACUCGCUCGUCAAAAGGUACGGAAAUAAUUGGUGUAUGGAAGUAAUUUGAUCGUCUGUCAACUGCAAUUAUCUGCCGAAACUGAUGAAAAACAUACCAAAAUCGACUUUUUUUAUGUAAUUUUAAUAACAUUUUAAUGUUAAUGGAACAAUAAUAAUUUAUUCCUAACAAAUUCAUAAAAUUAUAAAAUGCUAUAGAUUAUUCAGUAUAUUCUGGAAUGAAUCAUUAAUAAAUAAAUAACUAAAGAAAGCAAAUAAUGCCAGUCAUAGAAAGUCAUGCAAAACCGUGAUUAAAUCUUUGAAUAAAAACAA